AUGGUUCUGCUCUUAUGGACACAAUCAAAAGAUGGCAUUGUGGCCCUUGCUGACGGGAGAAUGGACUCACCAGGUCAUUCUGCAACCAUGCAAGCAGCCGAGACCAGUUCAUGGACAUUUGGCGAGAUCGUGCUGAACCGCAGAUGGCUGAAGGAUGUGGAGAAGUUCCUCACAUUUCGGACCACCUCACAGCUGGAAUCAUUCCAAAACCAUAUUCUGAUCUUUGGACUACAAUCACCACAACAGCCGUCCGGCACAUGUGAACAGCAAAGGCCAAGUGUCCCUAAAGAGACUGUACAGCAAAAAAUCGAAACGGUAUCGGCACUUCAUACAGAGAGACAGGUCCUGGCAGAAUUUAACCAGAUCACCAGCUCCAAACUGGGCAAUGAUUUCGUUGAAGCAUUGGAUUGCCUAACGACACAGUUCAUCAAGCUCUUAAGGCCAAAAGGGGGUCUGCUGGCGCUAAGCUUUCCAAGAUUGUCCGGCACCUCGAUUCCUGUCAGAGGAGAUGGAGAAAGGAGAAAGGUACACAUCAAAAGAGAUGGUGGAACUGCAGGAAAACCCUGGUGA